CUUUAAUAUUUUAAUUUAAAUUUAUUUAUUAAUAUUAAAAAGAAAUAAAGAAAAAAAAAACAAUAAUAAAAAAAAGGUUAUAUUUUUAAUUUAUCUAUAUAAUAUUAAUAAUAGUAAAAAUAAUAUAAUAAUAAAAAUAAUAAUAUCAACUUAAUUUUAUUAGUUUUUAUAAUAAUAAAAAUAUAACAACCCAACAAAGAUUUGCAACCUCUCAAUUAAUGGUUAAUUUUUCUUUAACAUUUUAGAUUUUUUUUAUUUUUUUACUUUUUUAUUUUUUUUUUUAUUUUUUUAAUUUAAUUUUGCAACAUAUUCUUUUUUUUUUUUUAUUUUUAUUUUUAUUUUUAUUUUUAUUUUUUUUUCAUUUCAUAUUAGUUUUUCAAAUUAAAAUUAUAAAAUGAUAGAAUCUUUUGACAAUAAUAAUAGUAAUAGUAAUAAUAUUAGCAAUAAUAACAAUAAUAAUAAUAGUGAUAGUUAUAAUGAAGAAAGUUCAAAUAGCGAAGAACUAAAUGGUACAAAAAAUGAAAUAGAAGAAAAUAGCUUAAAUAAAAGUAAAGAUAUAAACCAAUCCAACGAAGAGAUUAUUGAAGAAAACUAUAAAUUAGAAAAUAGUAUUAGUAGUAGUAAUGUUCAUACAAUGAUAAGAGAUUCAAAAGAAAUUAAUAGAACAGAUAUUAGGGGCACCGAAACAGAAAAUGACUCUUUAGCAAGCUCAAUUGACCACCACCAACAAGAAAAAGAAAAGGAGAAACAGGAACAGGAACAGGAACAAGAAAAAGAAAAAGAGGAACAGGAACAAGAAAAAGAAAAUGAUAACAAUGAAAAAAAUCAAGUAUCAUCAACAAUUAUAAAUAAUACAAAUGAAGAAAUUUCUUCAAACUUAUCAACAUUUGACAAUUUCUCUAGUACAGCUUCAAAUAAUAAUGAUUCUUUAGAAACUAAUAAAGACGAAUCGACAAAUAUAGAACAAUUUUCAUUAUCAGGACAAUUUAAAUCAAUGAGAGAAGGAAGAUUAAUUGAAAAUUUUAUAGUUGUAGGUUUAUCAAAAGAAACAGUAAUUAAUCCAGGUGAAAAGAUAUCGAAUGAUGCAAAAAUAUUGUAUAGUUACCCACCAGAUAAACCAUGCGAUCCACAAGUUGUAAAUUUUUGUUUUCCAGAUGGUGUUAAACUAAUUCAAAUAAAGAGAAGAAAUUCAUUAACAGAGUUCAACUCAGUACUAUAUAAAUCAUUAUCACAAUUAGAAGGAUCAGACAGUUCAUUUAUGUUUUUAAUUACAGGCGGCGAACAUUUAAUGUAUGGAUGUUGUGUUUUAAAUACUGAACUAAUUAAUGAAUUUCCAUAUUUCUUCCCAGAGUCUAUAGAACUAAAUAAAAAAAAUAAUAGUGGAUCAGAUGAAUCUUCAACAACAUCAACAUCACCCUUUUGCUAUUUUUCACCAAGGUGUUAUUGUGUUAUUAGUAGAUAUCCAUUUUUCAAAGCUCAUUUUGACUUUAUAUAUUCAAUUCUUGGUAAAGAAAGAUUAAACAAAGUAAAUAGAUCCAUUCAUGAACAAGAAAAAUUAGAAAAAACACUACAAAAACAGCAAAAUGAACAAAGAAAGCAACCAAUAGCAAUACAGCAAAGACAAUCUUUAGCAAUACAGCCAUCAUCCUAUCUUUCGUAUAAUUUUCAAGAGGGAAAAUCACAACUUUCAGUAUCACAACAACCUCAACAACAACAAUUUCGUGAUUAUUUUUUCUCUAGUGACUCACCAAAACAAUUAUCUGCAUCUUCAAAUGAAUUUUCCAAAUAUAUAAACAAUAUGAAAUCAAGACCAAAUAAACCAUUACCACCAUUACCACAAAAUAACCUAUCUAAAAGUAGCUUUCCAACACCUUUUUCUCCAAUAGCGGUGUCACCUGCUGACUCGCCAGUUUUAAACUCAUCUACCGAAGAAACAUCACUUUUGCAACCAUUUUCGUCACCCUCAAACAAACUUGGCCACCAUAGAGCUGCAUCCACUUCAAUUGUACAUACUAGAUCUCACUCCACCCCGAUUUCCCAAUCAAUUUCAAAAUUAGCGCAACAACAACACCUACAGCAACAACAACAACAACAACAAUUUAGUAUUUCGUCAAAUAAUAAUAAUGGAAUAAAUGGAAGUACAAAUUUAGAUGAAUCAUUAUCUGCAAUUCAAGAAUCAUUAAGCAAUGACACAUUUGAAUCUGAAUCUGAUUUAUCAUCGUCUACAAAUAGUUUCCAAAUAUAUAAUAGCUUUAACAACUCUUCAACUCAAUUUUACAAUUCAAAUAACUCUAGCAAAUUUAGCUCACCCGCAAUAACAAACCAAAAUAACAACCACAAUAACAAAAAUAAUAAUGGUAAAGAUGGAAGCAGUAGCGAAAGUAACAGUGAAGGCAGCAGCGGUCAAACAUCACCAAAACCAUUACCCAAAUUACCAACCAUAGCAGUGGAUAAUAGUAGUAUUAGUGGCUCUAAAUUAUUACCACCCCCACCAUCAGGUCCACAAUUAACAGUUGAACAAUAUUUAUCUUCAUCAACAAAUUCAAACCCAUCAAGCAAAACUCCAUCACCAACUAACCAAUCACAAUUAAUAACCACCACUACCACUUCAGAGACAGUAACCUCAACUACAACAACUACAAAUCAAACAACAACCUCAACCACAACAAACACUACAACAACUACUACAACUAUUACAUCACCACCACCAUUACCACCAAAAAGGAAAAAAGGAAUUAAAGAGAUAGAGGAAGAAGAUGAAGAAAACCUAUCAUCAAAGUUCCCAAAUCUUAUAGAUGAAGUUAUACAAACUAUUGAAAUUUUUUAUAACACAAAUGUUCCUUUGGAGAACCAAAAACUUACAAUACAUUAUCCAAAUGAACAACCUGCUGUCUAUGGUGAAGGUGAUGAUUCGUACCAAAUCGAAAAAUGGUGUCUUUCGGGAUUGAUUAAAACUCUUUCACUAAAGACCAUCAUGGAAAUCAUAUCGUGUGUACUAUUGGAAAAAUUCAUUUUAGUAACCUCGAAAAACAUUGGCACAAUUUCAAAUACAAUAUUUGGCUUAUUACCAUUACUAAGACCAUUCGAAUACCAGGGUGCAUUUAUUCCAAUUCUACCAAACACUGCAUUGGAUGCACUUCACUGUCCAAUUCCAUUCAUUAUUGGCAUUACAAAGCUACCAAACUCAUCAGAAAUGAAAGAUGCUUUAGAUAACUGUUAUAUCUUGGAUGUAGAUAAUGAUCAAAUUAAACUAGGUACAAAUUGCUCACCAAUCCUACCCUUACCAGAACAAAAUAAACUAGAAACAUUUACAAGACCUUUCUAUAGAGAAGUUUCAAAAGAAGAUAGAAAAAAAUAUUAUUUAGAUUAUCCAUUCAAGUCAAUACCGAGCGAAUUUAAAUGCAUACAAUCAUUCUCUAACGAAUUUAAGCUAUUUAAUAGAUUUAUAUUGGAUUCAAUUGGCUUUUAUAUAGACUGGAACCCAAAUUUCGAUUUCGGAAAUUCUAUACACAAAGAACAACUUUUAAGAUUAAUUCAUCAAAACAACUACAAUUUCAUAGAUCAAUUUUUACAUUCACAACUAUUUACUACCCAUAUUGAACUCUUAUUUGAAAGAGGUGGAGAUAAAAUUAAUAACACAAAUAUAAAUAAUAACAAUAAUAACAAUAAUACAAUAAUAACACUAAAUACUUAUAAAACUAGUAGAUUAUAAUUAAAAAAAAAAAGAAAAUAAUCAUUGGCUAUUAUUUAUUUAUUUAAUAAAUUUGUAUAUUAAAUUAUAACUAAAUAUAAAAUUAUAAAUAUAUAUAUAUUUAUUUAUAAUAUAAAUUUGUAAAC